CCUAAUUUCCCACUUCCUACACUACUACGCAAAACAAAACUAGCUCCCUAAGCAAUGACGUGUGGGUGAGAGCGGGCAACAAUUAAAACCAAAUAACACCGCUUGGGCACCUCUGAGUUUCAGAAAAGCGCUUUUUAUGCCGCUUAACCCAUAAGCGCAGCGUUAUUGUCGGGCUAAGAUAAGGUGACUAGGGGGUCCUUAGUCACAUGACUAAGCAAAUCUCAAUUAUUGAACAUCAUUAAAAUCUAAUGGUUCAGAUCUAUCUAGUUUAAUGAAGGGUAAUGUGGUAAUUAUAUAAUUAAUUUAUUUAACAAUUUAAAAAAACAUAAUGUACUUCUCCCGUCCGCUUCGUUUUCUGGGAUUCUCCGGCGGCUCCCCAACCCCGCCGUUCCCAGGCCGAUGGGAUUAAUCUCCCAAAAAAGUUUCUGCUUGUGGGAAUGAAUUCCCCAAACAAGCUUUUCUCCUCCCACAGCUACGUACGGAGGGAGGGAGAGAGAGAGAGAGAUUUUCUGGUCGGAAAAUUUUUUUUCGGCGACCAUCGUGGUCGGAGAAGAAUUUUUUAGCGAAAGUUCCAAUUUUGUGAUGUUUGUUGACAUAUUUUUUAAUGUUUGUACGCUUUGUUAUUUUGUAAUGUUCGUAAACUUUGUUAUUUUUGUGCACCAUGUUUAUCAUUUUUGUCAACCAUGUUUGUAAUGUUUUUUAUGUCUAAAAAACAGCCUGGUUGACUUUUGGAUGGAACUUCUCUAUACAGAGAUGGAGCCUCCAAAGUCAACCCGGGUGUUUUUUCCCGUUCGUAUGGAUUGUCGGUCUAGUUUGUCAUUUUUGUCCACCAUGUUCGUACUGUUUGUAUGUCUAAAAAACACCCGGGUUGACUUUGGGAAGGAGCCCCUCUAUAUAGGGAUGGAGCCUCCAAAGUCAACCCGGGUGUUUUUUCCCGUUCGUAUGGAUUGUCGGUCUAGUUUGUCAUUUUUGUCCACCAUGUUCGUACUGUUUGUAUGUCUAAAAAACACCGGGUUGACUUUGGGAAGGAACCCCUCUAUAUAGGGAUGGAGCCUCCAAAGUCAACUCGGUUAUUUUUCUUUAUGAAUCGCUAUUUGCUGCCCAGCUUUUACUAUUUACCGCCCGUAGUUACAAAAAAUUGGACAAUUUUGCCCCUUCUCCAUUUCAAAAACCCUAAACCUAUCAAUUCCCUAACCCAACCCUCUCACCCUUCCCUCCCAAACCCUUCCGCCUCCUCCCUCCCAACCAUUGCAAGCGGCCACUGCAACCUCCUUGUCGGAUCAGAGAUGGUGGUCGUCGUCGGACACAGAGAUGGAUGGUCUGGCGCCUGCAAUCGGACAAGGCCCGCCCACCGACGACGGACGGGGUCCGCCCGCUCUUGUCGGAAGGGGUCCGCCCUCCCGCUUCGGACGGCGUCCUCCCGUCGGCGUCGGACCGGUGCCUGGCGUACGUUUCCCGGCGGCGAACCUGUCGCCGGUGACUUUUUCUUUCCCAAAAAUUGAUUAAUGAUUAUGGAUUCAUAAUUAAUAUUUAGCUUUUAAGUAUUGUAUUAAAUUAUUACUAAAUACCAAAAUUCUUUAAUUAACCCACUAAUUCAUCCGUUUCCGCAAUUAACAACCAUUGAUAAUAAGGAAACAAUUAACACGUCUUUCCCUAAUUGACAACAGUAAAAAAGAUUCCUUAAUUAUUAACACGUCUUUCCUUAAUUAACACGUUUAAUUCUAUAACCCACAUCUAAUGUCAUUUCCAUUAAUGAAAAAAAUAUAAUGUCAUUUCCUUAAUUGACAUCCGAAAAAAAAAUCUUAACUAACAUGUCCUGCACCAUGACUCACGUCUAAUUUCAUCUCUCCAAUUAAUAAUAAGAAAAAAUUCUCUUAAUUAACACUACUAAGCACGAAAAGAGGAGAUUUUGUAUUAUUAAUGACAAUCCAACCAUUUUCCUUAAUGAAACCAUACGUGGGUAGUGGUUCAAAUAAUUUCACCAAUUAAGAUUUUGCCGUCCGGUAAAUUACUAUUUGCCGUCCGGUAAAUUACUAUUUGCCGCCUAAAAUUUUAGAAAUAUAUAUUAAAUUUGCAC